AUGACUGAAGGAGCCGGCAACCUGGCGGUUAACGCUAUCCCAAUCGCACUCUUACUAGUCAUCGCCGUCAUCGUCGUUUCAUGUAUCUACGUCGGAAUACAACGCCAUCUGAAGCAACGGCUGGCAAAAAAGAAGAGGGAAAUGGAGUCUUCUGCUGUGGUUUCGGAGGUGCCGGAUGUAGAACGAGGAGUAAAGGUUUUACCUACUACCGUUCACGUUCAAUUGCCAGGAAUAAUUUCGACCGUACGGCACCCCGAAACAGACCCGCCGAGGUCUGCAAAUGAUACUGUUUGA